UGUCCGCUGUCAACUGUCACUAGAAGAAAAAUAAACCAUAAUAUUUUGCUUUUUAAUAACCUUAAGUUUAACUUUCUAAGUAAAUAGGUAAUCAAAAACUACAAUUUCAAUUAAAAAAGACCAUCAAUUUCUACAUUAUUCACAAAAAUUGCUCUAUAAAGAUGUGGCCGAUAUUAAUGCAGUUACUACGGUCGAACGCAGCCUAUGUUACCCUACCAGUAGCUGCGGUUGUUGGGAUAAUAGGCUAUAAUUUAGAAAGUCUUUUAUCCGAUAGAUAUACUCCAUAUAACAAACCUGUACAAGAUCAAAGAUUCGAGAGAAUACAAGAUGAACUCCUAAAAGAUCCAACUAAUGUAGAAAAACUUAAAUAUAAAGAAAAUGUUUUAGGAAAAAAUGUAUCUCCAUCAUUACAGAAAAACAAGACUUGUUAAUUAAUUUGUUAUAAAUAUAUGAAAUUCUACAUGCAAUUUAAUUUAUUUCCUGUAAGAAUAUUUAAAUUUUGGUAACAUCAUCUUUUCAAGUAACUUUCGCCUAGUUAUACAUUAUAUAUAAUGUACUACUGUUCUGUUAGUUGUUUCUAGAACAAAAUGUGUUUUUUUUAGGGUUUAGAUACUGAACCAGUUUAUUAUUGUUGCUAGUUUUUAAUUCUAUAUAACUUAAUAUAAUAGCAAAAUAAGAUAUUA